CUUUUUUUAAAUCCCAACCGAGAGCAGUUGGCAACGAGCGGUCGUGUACUACGGAUGCGUGAACGACCAAUCUGCGGAUUUCGUCUAAAAGUGCAGCCGUAUAAAUACAUACAAAAUUACAUAUGUAUGUAGAAAGCCAGGGCACUUAAGGAUUUUCGCUGAAGUGCGUGUGUCUACGUUUCGCUGGACAAAUUCUUCGCGAAUCUACGCUGGCGGAAAAAAAGAAAUUCCGACACUAUCGCAAAGGUUUUUAUAUAAGAGGCAAGCGGGCAUUAUUUUUAAUUUAGCUGUUGAUAUUAUGCAUAAAGCGAAGAGAGAAAACAAACAUCAAAACAGAAUAGAAUCAGCGAAGCCGGGAGAGUGCCGAGAAGAAUUCUACGGCCUGGUUCUGAAAUCUUUUUUCCUCAAAUUCCGCCCCGUGUGUGUACGUGUCAAAAUAUUUAUACGCGCACACGCUCCUCGGAUUAUUUGUUUGGUGAAUUUCCACCAGGCACAGUCCAUCUACAUAUAUCCACAUAUGUCCGUUUACCAGGAAGCGAAUAUACAAAUCCCAAUUCAGCCGAUCAAUUAAUCUCUUAAUUUACUUUAGCCGCGUGCAGGAACAGCAACAAAAGAUACAUCCAUUAAUGCAGAUACUAGCGCGUUUAAAAUAAAGGAAUCGCACAGAUAUAGAAAUGUUUUCCUUUGGUGUUUCUGUUGCUCUUUCUGCUGCUGUCGCUAUAAAUAUUUACAACGCCCGCCUUGUGUACAAAGUGUAAAUAUGUAGAUACAAUCUGGUAGAUACAUUCGCGUACAUAAACUGUUUCAAUUGUUUUAUUGGCCCGCUCAUGGACAAAGCUGCGCAGAAUUGAAAGUGAAUCAAGUGCUAUGAACCAGUACAGUAAAUAAAAACUGAGUUGCAACCAAAUUUUCGAAGCCAAAAAUCGCCUAUGUAAACAGCAGCCAAAAUGUCUAAGAAGCCACGUGGAAACAUUCACAAGAUACGAGAGUUCGAAUUGGAGAAGAUCCAGCUUGUGGACGAGUUUGAUAUCAUACAGAUCGUUGGCGAAGGAUGGUUCGGGAAGAUUCUGCUGGUGGAGCAUCGGGGAUCACAGACGGAGAUGGUCCUGAAAGCUGUGCCCAAACCAUAUGUGACACUGCGUGACUUCUACCGCGAAUUCCACUAUGGACUCCACCUGGGAGUUCAUCGACACAUUGUGACCACCUACGACGUGGCCUUUGAGACAGCGGGCUUCUACGUUUUCACCCAGGAGUAUGCUCCACUAGGGGAUCUCACAUCGAACGUGACCGAUUCGGGUGUGGGCGAAGUUUACAGCAAGCGGGUGGCGAAACAGUUGGCCUCGGCCAUUGACUACAUGCAUUCAAAAGACAUAGUGCAUCGGGACAUAAAGCUAGACAAUGUGCUCAUCUAUCGCUCGGACUUCCAGCGCAUCAAGCUCUGCGAUUUCGGCGAGUCCUUUCCCACAGGCUCCACUGUAGAGCGACGCAACGAGUGGCUGCCCUACAGUCCGCCAGAAGUAUUAGAAAUCAAGCCCGAGGGCAGUUACAAAGCCGAUCCCAGCCACGAUGUUUGGCAGUUUGGCAUUGUGAUCUUUGUGUGUCUAACUGGCUGUUUGCCCUGGCAGAAGGCUGCCUCCGAUGAUCCGCGCUAUGUGCGCUAUCUGGCCUGGCAGGGCGGACUUAUGAUGAUGCCGCUGCGGCGAACUCCACGACUCUUCAAGUUGCUCACCUCGAAUGCGCAGCGGAUGUUCAAGCGCUUCUUUGCCAGGAUCUCCAAUCGACCCAAGAGCCUGGCCGACGUUACCAAGUUCCUAGACGACCGCUGGCUGGCCAAGACCGCCCAGAAGGAGAUGGCCGAGUACGAGACGGACGAGCUGUGCCCCUCCAUGUACUCCUUCCACAGCAGCCCGGAUGAGAAGAACAAGCUGCUCUACACCUUGGCCGACUGCGGUAUCGAGACCAAUGUGGACCGGCAGCAGAAGAAGAACCGCAUCAAAGACUGGAUAGAGUCGUCCAUUAUCACGGAGGAGGACGAGGAGGAGAACGAGGAGACCAAUUCGGCAUCCCCAUCUUCGUCGGUUUCGCGGGAGCCGCUGCCCGGACACAUAUCCUCGCUGCGCAAGCCCACAAGUCCGGCGGAGAGCGCCAAGGAGAUCAACAGCACCCUGAAGGACGCCACCCAGAAGCACUUUGAUCCGCGCACUGGUGCACUGCAGCAGGGACCCAGCGAGAUGGGUCAGGUGGCCAUGGCGUAUUCCAAGUCGGCCAGUCCCGCCUCCAACUACAGCACCACAGCGUCCACGCUGAACAACGCGGACAGCCUGAUGACACUGGGCUCGCGGCAGGAUCUGCUGGCCAGCAACCUGACCAUGUACACGUCCAUGGAGACCGAACUGAAUCGUCUAGAGCUUCGCGAUGCCCGGCACUCGAGCUACGCUAAUCUCCCAUAUGCUUCUCAAGUUAAAGACAGUGCCUACGGAUCGGUCGAUGUCAGCGAGAUGGCGGCGGCGGCCAGCAGGAGUCCCUCGCUGAUGAAGGACACCGCCUACGAUCGCACCACCAGCUCCAGCAGCCACAACAUCGCCCGGCGACAGCGCAGAUAGCUUCCCAGGGGGACAGACGAGCAGCCACUGAUUUAAAAGUUCCAAUAAAUAGAUAACGUACAUUUCUUAA